AUGGUUGGGUUCAAGGACUUGAAUACAUUCCGACUUCGCGUUAUUGCCAUAACACAACUGGAUGGGUUUGUCCCAACUGGUUGUCAAACUUCGUGUUAUGUUAUGAAUGAGAGAUCUUCUGGGAAUGUCCUCAAUUUCUGGACAACGAUCAGUAAAAAACGUAGAAUUAAUAUCACAAGGGCUGAUGGCGUCUUGCGCAUGUUAGAAGGCACGACCGCUGAACAACAGCACGUUUUUAAUAUUCAGCAACAAGACCUCCUCGGUCUAUACCAACCCAGCGACGAUGAUUUGUUUGAGGAAGAUCAUCAGCCCAAGACACCAUCUAUGAGACCUCGUCAAUCAGAAAAAGAUGUGUUCGAAAGCGCUAUUACGGCUUCACUAAAUCCAACUCCAGCCCAUCCAUUUCAGCAAGUCCGCAAAACAAUCUUAUAUGACUUGAUAGUGCCUUUAUUCAAGGCGAUUCAAUCAGUAUAUCGAGAGUAUUCAUUUAAUUGGAUCGAAGUACAAGCAAGUUGCAUCAAAGAUACAAAAGAAUGGUUUCCAGAAUUCGAUUUCACACUAAAUAAAGCUACUUAG